CGUUCAAUGCUGCUGUGAUAUUUUUAGUAAGUCUGUGUUUCUCUACACCUUCUGGCACACCAACAUGCUGAAAGUACUUAGAUUAAAGUAAUGUUUGUCUUCUCUGCUUUCUCCUAUCUCUUCCUGCUUCCUACUCGUUCUUCGUCGUUUCUUACUUUCCCCACCCCUUUUUCACCCAAUUUGCUUUGAAGAGAGGAAAUCUGCUUCUCUGCAAAAGCUGCAGCCGCCAUCUGUGGAUGAAGUUCUUCACUGUAUGGAGAAGGUGGCGGUGGGGGGAGAGGAGGGUUUUUUGUUUUUUGCAGCUCUGCAUCAUUUCCUUUCUCAUCACUUCUGCUGUUGUUGGCGUGUCAACCUGAACUGAGCUGUUUGUUCUCUUUCAUUUAUCUUGAUCAUCUACUUAAUCCCUUCGAUGAUGGAUCUGAGCACCGUUGUGAUCAUCGUGGCCUUUUCUCUUGUGUCUGCAGAGAAUGAUGGCUCCUUAAAUGCAACCACCCCCACGAUGAAUACUUCCACUUCUGCAGUCUGUUCCUGUGCAACGCCAGCUCCUCCUACUUCCAAACCCAGUAACCUUCCUAUCAAAGUGGGCAUCCUCAGAGUCAAGUGGACAGAAACAUGCAAAGGGACUGUCGAGCUGGUUCCGCAUUUUGGCUUCAACGACUCUUCCCUGCCUGUCUGUCGAAGCUCAGAGACACAAGUCUCCAAGAUUCUUCAAAAUGUUUGUAAGGACAGAAAGGGCUGCGAAUACGAGUCGAGAUGGCUCCAUCCGGGUACUGAAGCGAAGGAAUGCUACACGAUUCAUGCUAACGGAUCUAGCCCAACGUCCGGCUGCAAGACAAUCAGAGUCAAGUGCAAAGUUGAGAAGCUCCCAGAUUUUGAGGGGCAGCUGACGGCCUGUAAGGUGGUGAUAGCUUUGCUCAGCAUCGUCGUCCUGGUCCUUUUAUUAAUGCGCUUCACCAAACCCACCGUCAUGGCCCUGCAGAAAAGAUUAUCAGACAGGAGGCAACAUCGCUGGGUUGGGCCCACACAAAGUCACAGUGUUUCCUACCAUCGAGGGAAGAGUGUCGCUAAGAACGAAGAUGAAGAGAAAAGAUUUUCAGCUCUGGAGCGUCUGACAGUCGGCGGCGGCAGCAGCCCGUCGUGCAACAGAAACCUCUAUAACUACUAGCCUGCAGGAUCCUCCAUCUUCAUACCCAUGAGUGUCUUUCUCUCCAUGUUGAAGAUUUGUGUUCAAAUGUGAAGCUCUAGAUUGGACCUGUGUGUAGAAAAACUGCCUAUGCUUGUCAAAUGAAUUACUAUGAUUUACAUCACACACAAACAUCAUUGUAACAUUAUAGUACGAUUUUAUUCUGUCUGUAAAUUAGAACUGUUUGUCUUGUAAAGUACCUUGAGAUGACAUUUGUUGUGGUGUGACACUGUAUAAAUAAACUAAUAUGAAUUUAA